UUAGACACUUCAUUGCUUUGCAGAGGAUAAGGCAGCCCAUAACAUCUGCCACCCUUCUUGUAAAGACGCUGAAGAGAAGCACUCUGGGACCUCUCACCCUGGGCUCACUAUCACGGGGUGCACAAGCACUGACGUGUCCCCUCAGAAAGGCUGUUGGCCCCCCCCACCACACACACUUUGCAACCACACUGGCGGCUGCCCAGCCUGCUGUGCUCCCUGCGGGACCUUUUGCUGCCAGAAGGACAAUUUGCAACCAUUAUGGGUUGUAUUUCAGAAAUCAUUUGUUUUCCCAAGACUGAAAACAUUAAAUUUUAAUUGCUGGGGUUUGUGUAAGGCGAGUGGGGGAGCACAGUCUGGGUGGGUGAGGAUGGCGGUGAAGCAUCCAGCUGAUGCGAGCAGAACAACAGAGGGCACCAGAGACCCGGCUGUCCCAAAAGCUAAGUGAUAAAUGAAGCACUCUGGGGGAACAAGAGCUCAUUGCUGUGUUUCAGCUGCCGACAACAGGCUCUGGGGCAGCUGUGCCCUGCAUGGAGUAGCAUAUUGCGCUGAUACCCUCGGACCUGGCACGUCCUCUCCCCUGUCACAACACCUGCAUCUACACUGCAACCUUAAGGAGGAUCAAACCACGCUGACGGUCCCACAAGCAGCAGACAACCCGACAUGGAGAACUGCACCAAAGACAACAACAUGCGGAGUGGCAUUGCGCUGUUUCAACUUACAGUCUACAUCCCAGUGCUCUCUUUGGGGAUCCCACUGAACGUGAUUGCCUUCUGGGUCUUCUGCUGCAAACUCAAGAGGUGGACCGAGACCAGGGUGUACAUGAUCAACCUCAUAGUCGCAGACAGUUUCCUGCUCUUUGCCCUGCCUUUCUUGAUAUAUUUCACCACGUAUGAGCAUCCCAUAGACAACCUGUGUUUCGCCAUACAAAGGAUCUACUUUACAAACAUGCCUAUGAGCAUCCUGAUCAUCACCCUGAUAGCGAUUGAUCGAUACAUUGCCAUCAAGUUCCCUCUAAAAGCAAAGAUUCUUCGAUCCCCACUGAAAUCAGCUUCCAUCUGUGGGGCUCUUUGGAUAAUACUAAUGAUUUAUUCCUACUUGAGUCCACAAUUUCAUAACAAAAAGGAAAAAUUCUGCUUUCGGAAACAGUCUACUCAACCUAGUUACACAGCACUGGUGUCCAUCAUCUUUGGCUAUUUUAUUCCCUUAGUGAUUGUGACUUUUUGCUCAGUACAAGUCAUCAGAUGUCUCAAGAAGAAGAUGGUCACGAGUCCUCAUGAGACAAAAUUAAUCCAGAGAGCAAUCCGCAUUAUUUCUGUGAAUCUGUGUGUGUUCACCGUAUGUUUUGCACCCUUCUACAUUGCUGUGCUCUUGCGGUUUGCAGUGGAUGUUGCUGGAGCUUGUUCUCUGCUCUCGAAAGUUAGCGCCUGUGUUCACAUCUGUGCAUGCUUAGCAAACUCUAACUGCUGUUUGGAUGCAUUCUGCUAUUACUUUGCAGCUACAGAAUUUCAAGAGUUUCCUUCUCUGUUCCCCACUUGCCUGUCGAUGAGGUGCAAGGUGAACCAAAGCCAAGAAUCCCCGUCACCCACAGAUCAAGUCAUGACAUGAACAAGGUGUAGCACACUACAGGUAUUCAGAGCCACAGGGCUGAUGAAGUUUUGAGGCAGAGGGAAUAGGACCAUCUACAGUAUUUGCAAUCAUUGUAGCUACAGGCAUAUGUGCAAAAAGGGGCAAUCCCUUCCAAGGGGUCUGAUAUUAACUUGAAUUUUGUCCUUCUGUCCUCAGUGACUUGACUCCAGCAUUGACCAUAGUCUUAGACCAUUGUAUUGCAGCUUCAAGUGGGAGAGCCAUGUGGGAUGGAGAAUAGAUGAUAAGGCCACUGUUUCCACCAUGCACUUAUUGGUACAUAACAUGCAAUUAAACCUAGGAAACUGAGCACCCAUACAACAAUACACAAACCCACUUCUGGUACUGUUAUACAGGUGGUCACUUAAAACCAAGGAAAAAAAACAAACAUGUACUACAAUGUCAAACCUAAUACAUCUGUGCUGCUCACACCAACCCAUACACUGGUAGUUCCCUGCCAGCCUAUAUGAUUUCAAAGCUUGCAACUAUCACCAGGACACAGCUAUUGCUGUGCAUGGAGUAAAGACAGUGGCCUGAGACUAUUGCCUGUUCCUGCCCUUUAACACUUGUAUCAGCUUGUGGCAACACCCUGGCGUUUGUGGAACUAAAACCAUUGUGGGUAUAAAUAAAGCCAUUACUGUGUGGAAAAACAGAGCCCCACAAAGCAUUGUAGACCCCAGAGCAGAACUUUUGCAUUGUGCCUCUCAGGUAUAAAUCUGUGAAGACCUGAUCUCACCCAAGCAACUGCUGUAAGCCCUGGUGACAGGUUUGCUGUACUUCAAUGGGAUCAGCUCCUCAGUAGGUGUCCUGACUGGU